UGUUAAACAACGGCAAAUUAAAUAAAGUAAUAUAAACAUAAAAACAUUGUUCGUACUCGUACUACUUUGAAAUAAAUUUAAUUAAUUCAUGGUCAACAAUUAUUUUGUCGAUUGUAAUGGAUGAUAGUGUUGAAGACAAAAUAAUAUACCAAAUUUAUUUGACACACAUGAAGUUACUAUCAUCAAAACUAACAUCAGCUAAGAAUAAAGUUAAUUCUUAUAACAACAUGUGGAAAUAUAUGCAAUUUUAUUUUACUAAACCAGAAGUAAUAUUUUUUUUGGCAUUAAUACUCUGUUUACUGUUUUUCUCUGGAAAUUUAUUUCGAAGCACAAAUGGAUUUUUAAAAAAAAUUAAUCGAAGCCUGUCAUUUAUUGGUUUUAAUGAUUUUCAACAAUUGAUGGUUGAUGAAAAAGAUGCACUUAGUAAGAAUUGGAAAUUUAAUGGUAAAAAUAUUGCUUUAUAUGCUAUCAAAGGUAGACGAUCACAAAUGGAAGAUAGAUAUGUUAUUAAAACUAAUAUUAUGAACACUGGUAUAUCAUUAUUUGCUAUUUUUGAUGGACAUGGUGGUGAAUUUGCCGCAGAUUAUGCUACGACACAUUUAAUGAAAAAUCUUACAAAUAAAAUUAUUGAAGUAAAAAAACUGCUUGAUGAAAAAACUAAUACAACUGAAGAACUAAAAACAUUUAAUUCAAAUAUACCUGAUAAUUUAACUCCAAAAAUGAAAACUAAAAUUACUAAAAUUGAAGAACAUAAAACGAAACCUUCAAGUUCUGCAGAUGAUAGCGUUAUUAAUCAUAAUAAACUUAAACAAGAUUCUCUAAGUUUGAUAAAGGAUAUAACUACAUUAAAAAAUGUUGAUGACGAAAUUAUAAAUCCUUCUUCAUAUUUACAAAGAGAUGGAAAUAUCAAUUUUUCAAAAAUAUUAAUUGAUGAAGUUCUAGCUGCUGACAAACUAUUAAUUGAAGCAGCAAAAUUAACUUAUGAUAUUGCCGGUAGCACAGCACUUAUUGUUUUAGUGGAGGGCACUACAUUAUUUGUUGCAAAUGUUGGAGAUUCAAGAGGUGUUAUGUGUGAUAAAAAAGGAAAUGCUAUACCAUUGUCAUUUGAUCAUAAACCUCAACAGAUGCGUGAAAAGAAACGUAUUGCUGAAGCUGGUGGUUUUAUAUCAUUUAAUGGUGUUUGGAGAGUUGCCGGAGUAUUAGCUACUUCUAGAGCACUUGGAGACUACCCAUUAAAAGAGAAACAAUUUGUUAUUGCCAAUCCAGAUGUUUUAACAUUUGAUUUAUCACAUCAUGAUCCACAAUUUAUAAUUCUAGCAUCAGACGGUUUAUGGGAUACAUUUACAAAUGAAGAAGCUAUCGAAUGUAUUAAAAAACAUAUAGAUGAUUCAUUUCACGGAGCCCAAUACUUAACAAUACAAUCAUAUAAUAGAGGAUCUCUAGACAACAUUACUGUACUAGUCAUUAAAUUUCCACCUAUAUGGAGUAAAGAAUCUCAAGUAGUUGAUCAUGGUGGUAGUAAAUAUUAAUUGUUAAACAUAGUAGGUAAUUUAACAUAAUAGGAACCAUUUUGUAAAUUUUUACCUCUAAAGCUAAUAUAACCUUGUAUUUAAUUAAUUACCCACCUAUUUUAGUGACUUAUAUUAAGAAGUUAAUUUUUGGUUUUAUUUCGAUAUAACUGUUAUGUUUGUGGUUAUGUUAACUGUUUUGUAUAAUUUAAAUUAAUAUAUGAUGUAUUUCAAUGAA